GCUACACAAUCGGCCAUUUCGUCGGUGCAGGCCAACAGCUGUAAAGGGCAGCGGGGUAUAUCGAUACUGCUUUAUCUGAAAGGCACACCAAGAACAUCGCACCAUGACUGAUACAGCUAUCUCAUUCGCCAAGGAUUUCUUGGCCGGUGGUAUCUCUGCUGCUAUUUCCAAAACAGCCGUCGCCCCCAUCGAGAGAGUGAAGCUUCUCCUUCAGGUCCAGCACGCCAGCAAGCAGAUCACCGCAGAUAAGCAGUACAAGGGUAUCAUUGACUGUGUUGUCCGUAUCCCCAAGGAGCAGGGAUUCCUCUCUUUCUGGAGAGGUAACCUUGCCAAUGUCAUCAGAUAUUUCCCCACCCAGGCCCUCAACUUCGCCUUCAAGGACAAGUACAAGAAGAUCUUCCUUGAUGGCGUCGACAAGCGCGCCCAGUUCUGGAGGUACUUCGCCGGAAACUUGGCAUCUGGUGGCGCCGCCGGAGCCACCUCCCUGUGUUUCGUGUACCCUCUCGACUUCGCCCGUACCCGUCUGGCUGCUGAUGUGGGAAAGGCUGGAGCUGAGCGAGAGUUCAAUGGUCUUGGAGACUGCCUGGUGAAGAUCUUCAGGUCUGAUGGCCUCAGGGGUCUGUACCAGGGCUUCAAUGUGUCAGUGCAGGGCAUCAUCAUCUACAGGGCUGCUUAUUUCGGCAUCUAUGACACAGCUAAGGGUAUGCUUCCAGACCCUAAGAACACCCACAUAUUGGUGAGCUGGAUGAUUGCACAGACUGUGACAGCUGUUGCUGGCCUGACCUCAUACCCCUUCGACACUGUCCGUAGACGUAUGAUGAUGCAGUCCGGACGCAAAGGAGCUGACAUCAUGUACAGUGGGACCAUUGACUGCUGGCGCAAGAUUGCACGUGAUGAGGGUGGCAAGGCUUUCUUCAAGGGGGCUUGGUCCAACGUGCUCAGAGGCAUGGGCGGCGCCUUCGUACUGGUGUUGUACGAUGAGCUGAAGAAAGUCAUCUAACUUGUCAUUUUGUCACAUCACUGUCCAAUUUGGCUAAAUGUAAUAACUUUCCAUUUCUAUGGACUCUGCAUUCUGCCUUAUUUAUGGGAACAAACUAUAGUGUCACCACUAGCUGUGGGCGAAGGCUGUAAGUUGUGCAUCUUUGAUUUUAAACGUUCCACACCCUCCUUACCAAUGUCAUUCCUGUUAAAGAAAUCUGAUACCUCCUCCUGUUACCCACUAGGUUUGUAUGGUCCCAACUUGAAUAAAUCUAUUCUGGGGAACAAACUAAA